AUGGCCCAGGAGAAGGAAAACCAAGACCCCGUCGGAUCUAUCUUAAUCCAGGUCCAUGAAGAUCUUUAUGAAUUAAGGGAGAAAUUAACAAAAUUCCCACUUGAGGAAAAAGGCGGGGCUCUAGACAUUCAGAAUCUUGAAACAGCCAUCAAAAGGACUGAAAUGGGGUUAAAAAUACACAUCGAGAAGUAUUUAAACGUUGUACACCAACAUGUGUUAACAACUCCUAUUGAUUAUAACUUAUAUUCUUCUCAUGCUUCCAAAUGGUUGUUCCCAGCUGUGCUUGAUCAGAAAACAUUUAUUUUCCCUCUGGAAUCUGAGGGGAAACUUUGGCAACCCCAAAAGGAGCACAAUGCAUUUCCACGUGCCUUUCCAAGAAUAAAGGUGAAGGCUCAGAAGUUAAUAAAAGGUUCCACUAUAUCCAGCCUCACAGUUCUGCCAGCUUCUCAUCGCACGGAUCCCUAUUUCACCCCAGUGCCAGUCUUACAAGCAGAUGCUAACAAAGGGGUUUUAAGUAUGAUAGAACGAGGAUUGAUCCCACCAGCAGCAAAAAUUACCUUUCAGAAUCCACCUAUUAUACCCAGAGCGGCUCUUCUGCAUCGCUUUCAUGAAGGACGUAAGAUUUUGGCUACCGAGCAGUGUAAGGAUUUUUCUCUCCUGAGAAUGUCAGAUUUGAGCUGUUUUGUAAAGGCAGCUGUCUUUGCUGAGACCCUAGCACGUGCAAUAAGAGAAAGCAUGUGGAAAGGCAGAAAGUCAAGAGGAUAUCAUGAUAAGAAGGCCAUGAAAGUGACAGCACCUUCUAAGACCCAGAAAUCACUGUGGGAUUAUGACUUUUUUAUUUACAAUGGUGUUGUAGACAAGACAGCCCCGGACUUCUUAGCGUUCAAGGAGCAUUUCAGUUUGUCUUGGGGAAGUAUUUUUUCUCUCUUGGAACACAUCGAGAAGUUUCUCAAGGACUAUGCGAUACCAGAAGUCAAAAUAAAAGCUAACAGUUUAGUAACGCUCCUUCCAGAGUUUGAGCUGAAGAAUAAACUUACCAGAUACGACCUUCUCUCAGUGUUCGAGAACCCAGUUGACAUCCAAAUGAUGUUAAAUCUUCCAGGACAGAGGUACAAGGGCCAGGAUGGAAGGACAGAGGCUGCCGUGAAGAUCCAAGCCACAUGGAAGUGCUACAAAGCAAGGAGACAUUUCCUGUCUUAUCGCCGGCAGAAGUGGGCGUCAGGUGUCAUUGCCAUCGCGUGGCUCUUACAUUGCCAUAAGACCCGGCUCAGGAAGCUUCUGAAGGAAUCACGUGAAAGACACCUGGAGAAUUUCCGCAUCCGAGCCAAGCAUCUGGCAGCCAACUGGAAUCGCAUCAGGACCUCCAGGAGGACUAUUAUCCAUAUCCCAUCAUUAGGUUAUUCCCAGCCUGUGCGACAAAAUAUUGCCGAUUUCAACACACAGCAGAACACGCAGCUGGGGAGGCUGUGUGACAUCUUAGAUGCCAAAGUGAGCGUCAUCUACAUCUGCUCCCAUCGAAUGAAUGACGAGUUACUGCUGUAUUACAAUAAAAUCCUGAGUCUACAGGCAGCUGUCAAAUCGGGGAACCUUGAGGACAGAAGUGACCUGCGGGACAGGUUCAAAAUUAUCACCCCUGAAGCUAUAAACAUCUUCACUAAGCAGCAUAUGUGCCUGGCUACUCACCUGAUGUACAGUCCCAAGGCAAUCAAAAGAAUAAAAAAUCUCAUCCAAGGGAAAGAAGCCUACAUUGUCAGCGGGCUCCUCCACAGAGAUGAUCUGGCUGUGGCAGAUAUGUUAAACAUACCCAUCCUAGGCCCAGAGCCUGAACUAGCUCAUUUCUAUAGCACCAAGUCUGGAAGCAAACGGGUCUUUGAGAAUGCAAAUGUGCCAGUCCCUCCUGGAAUAUAUAGCAUCUAUAGUCACCAGCAGAUAAUAGAACAGGUGAGUCAGCUGGUCAUCGAUCACCUAGAAAUCCAACGCUGGCUCUUUAAAGCGGACUAUGAGUUUGGAGGAAAUGGGACUGCGUUUUGUGACAUUCCCUCCCACCUAAAGUGCUACAGCUGGGUCCUAAAGGAGAGUCAGAGAUACAGUCGUGAAGACUGGAGAAAGAAAUGGGCACAAGAGCCAGCUUUGGUGAAGAUCUCCGAGGAGCUGGCGGGCAUUUUAGCACAGCACGCACAGCCAGUCAAUGAGAAACGGUUCCCAACAUGGAGGAAAUUCCUGCAAACAUUUCUCAGUCAAGGAGGCGUGAUUGAAGCGUACCCACCUUCGGAGAGUAUUACCAACGUGACGGUGGACAUGCUGAUAGAACCCAAUGGAGAAAUCAGGCUGCUGUCAACAGGGGACCAGUUUCAUGCUGAAGGCCCAUUCAUCUGCUCCGGGACCACCAUGCCUCAGACCUCAGUGGAUCCCCAAGUUCUCAGUUCUUUGUGCCUUCAAAUUGGAAAGGCUUGUAAAAUGAAAAACGUGAUUGGUCACUUUUCCAUAGACCUGGUGACUUUUAUUGAUCCAAGCACCAUGGAGCAGCAGGUGUGGGCAACAGGCCUCAACCUCUCGUACAGUGACCAGCUAGCCCUGACUCAGCUCACCUUAUACUUGACCAAUGGCCACCUGGAUUGCAGUUUGAGCACCCUCAAAGUGCCCCACUUUGCUCCCAAGAAAGACAAGAAAAUGAACAACCUAAAUGUUCAGAAAGUGCCGUCACAGGCAACCAGUCGCUAUGCGGUGAUGAGCACCCAGCUGAGGCACGACAGUCUCGCUCUGGUUUUCCACUAUGUUUUUCUCCAAAUGUGUAAGGCUCAUGGCAUCGGCUAUAAUAUUGAGGACAGACAAGGAACUAUCUUUAUAUUAUUUGAAAACUUGAAGAGAGACAGGUUGGGAAUGUUAACAAUCGGUGAGGAUCUCCAGGGGGUCCUCAUGACCUUUGCUCGCAAUCUCUUCAUCAUCCAUCAAGAAAUAUCAGCACCUAAUAUGCAAGGCGAGACCAAUUUUAAGACUGCCAUUGAUGACCUUGAAGCCAUUCUAGGAGUAACAGAGGAAAACAAGUUGAGAUUUGAAGAAAACCUACAGUCCAAACAUUAA